AUGGUGGGUAUGCGUGGCUAUAGUAACUCGUCUGGUAGCAGUGCCUCGUCGCCUGAAGUGGACCCGAACCAACUCCUGGCGAUGAUUCAGGGAGUGGUUACUAAUCAACAGCACCUGGCUGGGCCACUGCAGAGAGAGCCACAACACCAACCUCCCCCUCGCGCAGAGUCUGGUGUUAGGGAAUUUCGAUACAUGCGACCCCCUUCCUUCUCUGGUGCUGAAGGACCUCUAGCAGUGGAGGAGUUCUUGAAGGUUACCAAGACCAUCCUCACGGUGACCCGUAUUUCCCCUACUGAAUGGGUGAAUCUUAUGGAUAUCCAGCUCACUGAUACCGCUCGGAUCUGGUGGGCAGCUGAGAAGACCCAUCUUAAGAGGCCAAUCCUAUGGGAGACGUUCAUAGAGUGCUUCAACAGGAAGUAUUUUCCUCAGUCAGCUCGGGAUGAACUCCUGCGUAGAUUUGUUGAGCUCAAGCAGGGAGGUCGAUCAGUUGAUGAGUAUGAAGCCGAGUUCUCUUCCCUAAGUCGAUAUGCUCCCCACCUGGUUACAUACCCUACUAUUAGGAGGCAUCAGUUCCAGAAGGGUCUGGAUAAGUAUAUUUAG